UUAAGAUGGUGGUUAGAGCGUAAAGUGUCUCUACAGAUAAGAAAGAAAAGGGCAACACAUCUAUCAAGCCUUUUGAAUUAUAGCGAAAUAAUAAACCUAACAUAAUCUAAAGUGUCUAUCUAUACAAAUCUGGACAGUUCAGAGACAUUAGCAAUCCCCGCCCAAUUUGGUGUGACUGUCCAUUUGGAGUGGAAUCCCUGUAAUACGGACAGGCCCUUGACCAGCCGUGACAUCUGCUCCCCCUCGCCGUGCCAUAGGAUGUCCCACAGCCCCGAGAUAAAGGACGACUCCAUGGAGUGCCCUCUGUGCAUGGAGCCGCUGGAGAUUGACGACGUGAACUUCUUUCCCUGCACCUGCGGCUACCAGAUCUGCCGCUUCUGUUGGCACCGCAUCCGCACAGAUGAGAACGGCCUCUGCCCUGCCUGCAGAAAGCCGUACCCGGAGGACCCUGCGGUGUACAAGCCUCUGUCACAGGAGGAGAUUCAGAAGAUAAAGAACGAGAAGAAGCAGAAGCAGAACGAGAAGAAACAGAAGGUGACAGAGAAUCGGAAACACCUGGCCAGCGUCAGGGUGGUGCAGAGAAACCUGGUGUUUGUUGUCGGGCUCUCUCAAAGGCUCGCAGACCCAGAGGUUCUAAAGAGGCCAGAGUAUUUUGGGAAGUUUGGGAAAAUACACAAGGUGGUCAUCAACAACAGCACAUCAUAUGCAGGUUCACAGGGUCCCAGUGCCAGUGCCUACGUCACUUACAUCCGCUCUGAAGACGCCCUCAGAGCAAUACAAUGUGUGAACAAUGUGGUGGUGGACGGUAGAACACUCAAGGCUUCUUUAGGCACAACAAAAUACUGCAGUUACUUCCUGAAAAGCAUGCAGUGUCCCAAACCAGACUGUAUGUAUCUACAUGAGCUGGGGGACGAGGCGGCUAGCUUUACGAAAGAGGAGAUGCAGGCUGGGAAACACCAAGAAUACGAGCAGAAACUACUCCAGGACCUCUACAAAAUGAACCCCAGCUUUCUACAAACACCAACGUGUUCAGGGGAAAAGUCCAAAAGCAAAUCUUCAAAUUCUACACAAAGACCCAGCAACGGCAAGGACGGGUGGCCAACACUAUCAGGGUAUGGUGGCAAACUGGCCAAUGGGCUGUCAGAGGACAGGAAAUCUCCUCCGUUGCUAGACUGCUGUCUGGACCCAGAGGUUAUGACCUCAGACGGGUUAGGACUUGGCCUGGGGCUGGACACAGGGAUGGGGUCUGGCCAGGGGGCUGCCCUGUCCCCCUUCUCUUCUAAUUGUGACAGCAACGGUCCCAGCGACAAACCUCCGGAAUCAAUAGGUAUGGUGAAUGGAGAGACUUUACAACAGAUGCCUAACCGCGAGUCCCCUUCCCCUCCCCCGGGGCUGACUAAGCCCACCAGCAGUUUGGUGGUUCCCAUCACUGUAGCAGACCUCACCGCCCGCUCGCCCUUCGAGGGGGCUGCUGCAGAGUCCCAGUCCCUGUUCUCAGACAACAGUAACUUCAGACACCCCAACCCCAUCCCGUCCGGCCUGCCCCCCUUCGCCAGCUCACCUAGAGGGGGAUCCGACUGGCCCAUGACCCCCGAACCACAGAGCCUCUUCGCAUCAGACACAAUACCGGUCUCCUCCUCCACAGACUGGCAGGCAGCUUUCGGCUUCGGCUCCUCUACUAAACAGCAGCAGGACGACGACCUGGGCUUCGACCCCUUUGACGUGACACGGAAGGCCCUGGCUGACCUCAUUGAGAAGGAGCUGUCAGUCCAGGACCAGCACAGUCCCCUGGGGUCCCCCAGCCCCUUCGGCCUCCACCACCCCGGGUCCCACCACGGCCUCCACAUGCCCCUCUCCAACCCCAACCAUUUCCCCAGCAGCAUUGGACCUCCACCCCGCCUCUCUCAGCUUCACCACAGGCACAUUUCUAGCUCCUUUAGUUUCCCUGGUUCCCAGAGUCAGAGCAGUCAUCAUGGUGAAAGUCAGGCUGCCCAGGCCGCUGCAGCUCGGCAUACCUGGAUGGGCAUGCCUCCCUCGACACGCAGCAAUAACCACCUCCUCUCACACUUGAACCACUCGGCCAAUGCUGGAGGAGGACAUAGCAACUUCCUGGACUUGAGCAUGCCUCCUCAGCACCACAGUCACAAUACAGGGCUGGGAGGGAUCCCCAUGUCAGAAAACAGCAGUUCUAUAGACGGCCUCAAUGUGAAAGAAUGGCAGGACGGUUUGAGAGCUCUCCUCCCCAACAUCAACAUCAACUUCGGGGGUCUCCCCAACUCCUCCUCCUCUUCCUCUUCCUCCUCUUCCUCCAGUAUGAACCACAUGGGGGGUCCUGGGGGGCUAAACAGGCCAGGGGGACUCUCACACAGUCUCAGCUGGGACGGUACGGCCAGCUGGAUGGACCCAGCUAUCAUCACAGGUAGCAUCCCAGCCUCAGCAGGCAGCAGUUUAGACUGUCUCCAGGAGGACCAGAACCCUCCCCACUGGCUCAAAUCCCUCCAGGCCCUGACCGAGAUGGACGGCCCUACACUGCCAUCACUCCCCCAGCAGCCCCAGAACCAGCAGCACCAGUCCCUCCACCACAGCCACCACCAUGGCCUCCUAGACCAGGCCUCCUCACACCCACACCUCCACCACAGAGCAGGCUCUGGUUGGGCCCCCUACCUGCCCGGCCUGACCCAGCCCACACACACCAACCCCAGCCAAUUCCACAGCCCUCCCCCAGGCUUCCAGACAGCCUUCAGACCCCCAGGCCAAAGCGCCACAGAGUUGCUACAGAGCGCCGCCGCCGGGGACCGCCACUAAACUAAAGACAGAUUACAGCAGACUACCCCCGACCCAUGUCGUAAUCCCGAUCCCCAAUGCAAUACAGAUACAGUACACACACUAAUCUGCAGAUUAUCAGAUUAUGAAAAUGAUUAACAAAAUAACAAGGCUUUUUUUUUCUUUCUCCCUCCUUUUUUUCUAUUCUAAAGGCCUAUUUGUUUGUUUUGGUUUUCGUGGCACAUGACAUGAAUGACCUGUUAACCCUUUUUGUCUGCUACUGACCGACCCCACUGAGCUCCAGUAGUCCGGCUCGUCUUCAGUAGGAUGCACCGUAGUCAAACGUUUUCAAACGGAAAGGAGCGUUUCUUAUUGGGCAGAUAAGUCCAUGUAAGUCCCUCGCGGUUUUCUUUUGUUUGGUGCAUAAUGAACACGACCCAGGUGAAUUGUUUGGGAUCAGACCGGUGCUGACUACUCUGAGCUUCACGUGGAGUCUGUCUGUAUGAUCUAGACGAGCACAGAGAAUAGGAGCAGUGAUACAUUUUGUGACACCCAAGACGAUAACUCCAAAUGUACAGGAAUCAAGAUUAGCUUAACGGGAGUCAUUUUUAAGAAGUACAUUUAUGAUUAAAUAUGAAACCUGUAGGUAAAUCGGCGUGAAAAAAAAGUGAAGUCACGAUUACUCUUUGAGAAUGAAGCAACAAACUGAAUAGUGAAUCUGCUCUUAAAGCUUUGCCCCAAGGGCACUCAUCCUCCCCACUUUGAUUAAAACAGGAGACUGAAUGAAACGGUUAACACUCACUCGAUGCAGAGAAGCUUUAAGGCGAACUUUAACUUUAAGGCAAAAAUGAUACCAAAUGCCUUAGUCUGAUUAAGAGGAGGUGGGAUUGAGAAUCUUUAGAGAAAAGCAUGGGUAAAAAAUUACUUCAGGCUUGUUUUAAUUGGUUCAGAUGACAGAAAAUGAUGCAGACAGAGAUGGUCACAGAUGGAUAUAAUGUUAGGAUGUGAGAGUGGCUUGGCUGUGCCCUCAAAUCUGCUUCGGGUUCUCUGUUAGGCAGGGUCACAAUGGUCACGUUCCAGGCUGACAAUAUUGCAGUCACGCUGCACUCACGCAGCAACCAAUGGUCAUCGACUUUGCUGACCGGUGUCAGUCUGCUAUAUCAUAUGCGGUUAACUGGUAUAACUGAUUAGCUAUACCUGAUUAACUAGUUAGCUGAUACAACACCUUGUGAGAUACAGGCAUUGUGAGAUCUGGCAGGCAACUGCAAUGUAGUCUGCCUGGAAUGCACCCCAAUGGCCUGUCUUGUACAGGUCAUUAAUGUUAAGUUCAUGUUUUAAGUAUCCCUAUACUCCUGUUAUU